AUGAGCGCGUUUGGGGCCCUGUGCGGCCUGGCGCUGCUGUGCGCGCUCAGCCUGGGUCAGCGCCCCAGCGGAGGUCCCGGGUGCGGCCCUGGGCGCCUCCUGUUCGGGUGGGGAACGGACGCGCGCUGCUGCCGCGUUCACCUGACGCGCUGCUGCCGCGAUUAUCCGGGCGAGGAGUGCUGUUCCGAGUGGGACUGCGUGUGUGUCCAGCCUGAAUUCCACUGCGGAGACCCUUGCUGCACGACCUGCCGGCACUACCCUUGCCCCCCAGGCCAGGGGGUACAGUCCCAGGGGAAAUUCAGUUUUGGCUUCCGGUGUAUCGACUGUGCCUCGGGGACCUUCUCCGGGGGCCACGAAGGCCACUGCAAACCUUGGACAGACUGCACCCAGUUUGGGUUUCUCACCGUGUUCCCUGGGAACAAGACCCACAACGCUGUGUGCGUCCCAGGGUCCCUGCCGGCAGAGCCACUUGGGUGGCUGCCCAUCGUCCUCCUGGCCGUGGCCGCCUGUGUCCUCCUCCUGACCUCGGCCCAGCUUGGACUGCACGUCUGGCAGCUGAGGAGUCAGCGCAUGUGGCCCCAAGGUCUGUCACAGCCUGGUGGGGGGAGGUGGGAGCAUGGCUGCCUGCUGACCGUGGUCCCCCUGCAGAGACCCAGCUGCUGCUGGAGGUGCCGCCAUCGACCGAAGACGCCAGCAGCUGCCAGUUCCCCGAGGAAGAGCGGGGAGAGCGAUCGGCAGAGGAGAAGGGGCGGCUGGGAGACCUGUGGGUGUGAGCCUGGCCGUCCUCCGGGGCCGCCGGACCGCAGCCAGCCCCUCCCCAGGAGCUCCCCAGGCUGCAUGGGCUCUGUGUUCUGCUCUGGGCCGGGCCCUGCUUCCUUGGCAGCAGAAGUGGGUGCAGGAAGGUGUCAGUGACCAGUGCCAUGGACCACGGAGGUCGGCGGCCGCGGCUGGGCCCUGCAGGAGGGAGAGAGAGACACAGUCAUGGCCCCCUUCCUCCUUUGCUGGCCCUGCUGGGGUGGGGUCUCAGGAUGGGAGGCUGUGUCCGUGGGUGUGCAGCGUCCAACACGGGACCUGGCUGCACGGGGCCUUCAAUAAACACUUGUCCAGUGA